CGCAACCGUCCGCUCACCACAGUCUAGGUGCGCUCGCAGGAGUCACGUGACGAACCGUUGCUGUGGCUGACGUCACGGCUGCGCAAUCAGCGGCCGCCGGUUGCUAUGGGGCGGUCUGGUUGAGUCACAGCAGCUGCGACGGGUGUUGUGCCCAGAGAAGGCCGCGAGGAGGCGCCGGGGCCGCAGGCUGGGAGAGAGACCGGGGUGAAUGCACCAUGAGAAGAUGGCCGGGUGAGUGUGACCGGGGGGGCGGUAUGGGCCAACAUUGGGGGAGGCCGGCCUGGGGACCAUGGGCUGCUGAGAUCGGGGGGCGGCUCCUCGCAGGGGCCCUUCACUGUCACCAGGGGCCCUUCUCUGUCUGUCUGUGGGAGAUCAACAGGGGCCCUUCUCUGUUUGUGGGAGAUCACCAGGGGCCCUUCUCUGUUUGUGGGAGAUCACCAGGGGCCCUUCUCUGUCUGUCUGUGGGAGAUCACCAGGGGCCCUUCUCUGUCUGUCUGUGGGAGAUCACCAGGGGCCCUUCUCUGUCUGUAUGUGGGAGAUCACCAGGGGCCCUUCUCUGUCUGUGGGAGAUCACCAGGGGCCCUUCUCUGUCUUCUCUGUCUGUCUGUGGGAGAUCACCAGGGGCCCUUCUCUGUCUGUCUGUAGGAGAUCACCAGGGGUCCUUCUCUGUCUGUCUGUAGGAGAUCACCAGGGGCCCUUCUCUGUCUGUCUGUAGGAGAUCACCAGGGGCCCUUCUCUGUCUGUGGGAGAUCACCAGGGGCCCUUCUCUGUCUCUGUCUGUGUAGGAGAUCACCAGGGGCCCUUCUCUGUCUGUGGGAGAUCACCAGGGGCCCUUCUCUGUCUGUCUGUGGGAGAUCACCAGGGGCCCUUCUCUGUCUGUCUGUAGGAGAUCACCAGGGGCCCUUCUCUGUCUGUGGGAGAUCACCAGGUGCCCUUCUCUGUCUGUCUGUAGGAGAUCACCAAGGGCCCUUCUCUGUCUGUCUGUAGGAGAUCACCAGGGGCCCUUCUCUGUCUGUGGGAGAUCACCAGGGGCCCUUCUCUGUCUGUGGGAGAUCACCAGGGGCCCUUCUCUGUCUGUCUGUGGGAGAUCACCAGGGGCCCUUCUCUGUCUGUCUGUGGGAGAUCACCAGGGGCCCUUCUCUGUCUGUAUGUGGGAGAUCACCAGGGGCCCUUCUCUGUCUGUGGGAGAUCACCAGGGGCCCUUCUCUGUCUGUCUGUGGGAGAUCACCAGGGGCCCUUCUCUGUCUGUCUGUAGGAGAUCACCAGGGGUCCUUCUCUGUCUGUCUGUAGGAGAUCACCAGGGGCCCUUCUCUGUCUGUCUGUAGGAGAUCACCAGGGGCCCUUCUCUGUCUGUGGGAGAUCACCAGGGGCCUUUCUCUGUCUGUGGGAGAUCACCAGGUGCCCUUCUCUGUCUGUGGGAGAUCACCAGGUGCCCUUCUCUGUCUGUCUGUGGGAGAUCACCAGGUGCCCUUCUCUGUCUGUCUGUGGGAGAUCACCAGGGGCCCUUCUCUGUCUGUUUGUAGGACAUCACCAGGGGCCCUUCUCUGUCUGUGGGAGAUCACCAGGGGCCUUUCUCUGUCUGUGGGAGAUCACCAGGGGCCCUUCUCUGUCUGUCUGUAGGAGAUCACCAGGGGCCCUUCUCUGUCUGUCUGUGGGAGAUCACCAGGUGCCCUUCUCUGUCUGUCUGUGGGAGAUCACCAGGUGCCCUUCUCUGUGGGAGAUCACCUGUCUGUGGGAGAUCACCAGGGGCCCUUCUCUGUCUGUCUGUGGGAGAUCACCAGGGGCCCUUCUCUGUCUGUUUGUAGGACAUCACCAGGGGCCCUUCUCUGUCUGUGGGAGAUCACCAGGGGCCUUUCUCUGUCUGUGGGAGAUCACCAGGGGCCCUUCUCUGUCUGUCUGUAGGAGAUCACCAGGGGCCCUUCUCUGUCUGUCUGUGGGAGAUCACCAGGUGCCCUUCUCUGUCUGUCUGUGGGAGAUCACCAGGUGCCCUUCUCUGUCUGUCUGUGGGAGAUCACCAAGGGCCCUUCUCUGUCUGUCUGUAGGAGAUCACCAGGGGCCCUUCUCUGUCUGUCUGUGGGAGAUCACCAUGGGCCCUACUCUGUCUUUCUGUAGGAGAUCACCAGGGGCCCUUCUCUGUCUGUGGGAGAUCACCAGGGGCCUUCUCUGUCUGUCUGUGGGAGAUCACCACUUUCUGUCUGUGGGAGAUCACCAGGUGCCCUUCUCUGUCUGUCUGUGGGAGAUCACCAGGUGCCCUUCUCUGUCUGUCUGUGGGAGAUCACCAGGGGCCCUUCUCUGUCUGUCUGUAGGAGAUCACCAGGGGCCCUUCUCUGUCUGUCUGUAGGAGAUCACCAGGGGCCCUUCUCUGUCUGUCUGUGGGAGAUCACCAGGUGCCCUUCUCUGUCUGUCUGUGGGAGAUCACCAGGUGCCCUUCUCUGUCUGUCUGUGGGAGAUCACCAGGGGCCCUUCUCUGUCUGUUUGUAGGACAUCACCAGGGGCCCUUCUCUGUCUGUGGGAGAUCACCAGGGGCCUUUCUCUGUCUGUGGGAGAUCACCAGGGGCCCUUCUCUGUCUGUCUGUAGGAGAUCACCAGGGGCCCUUCUCUGUCUGUCUGUGGGAGAUCACCAGGUGCCCUUCUCUGUCUGUCUGUGGGAGAUCACCAGGGGCCCUUCUCUGUCUGUCUGUGGGAGAUCACCAUGGGCCCUACUCUGUCUUUCUGUAGGAGAUCACCAGGGGCCCUUCUCUGUCUGUGGGAGAUCACCAGGGGCCCUUCUCUGUCUGUCUGUGGGAGAUCACCAGGGGCCCUUCUCUGUCUGUCUGUAGGAGAUCACCAGGGGUCCUUCUCUGUCUGUCUGUAGGAGAUCACCAGGGGCCCUUCUCUGUCUGUCUGUAGGAGAUCACCAGGGGCCCUUCUCUGUCUGUGGGAGAUCACCAGGUGCCCUUCUCUGUCUGUCUGUAGGAGAUCACCAAGGGCCCUUCUCUGUCUGUCUGUAGGAGAUCACCAAGGGCCCUUCUCUGUCUGUCUGUAGGAGAUCACCAGGGGCCCUUCUCUGUCUGUCUGUAGGAGAUCACCAGGGGCCCUUCUCUGUCUGUGGGAGAUCACCAGGGGCCUUUCUCUGUCUGUGGGAGAUCACCAGGUGCCCUUCUCUGUCUGUGGGAGAUCACCAGGGGCUCUUCUCUGUCUGUUUGUAGGAGAUCAGCAGGUGCCCUUCUCUGUCUGUCUGUGGGAGAUCACCAAGGGGCCCUUCUCUGUCUGUCUGUGGGAGAUCACCAGGGGCCCUUGUCUGUCUGUAUGUAGUCAAUAGAUUAUCCUGUCUGUUGGUGGUCACUGGGGUCUUUUGUCUGCCUGUAAUUGGUCAUUAGGGUUUCUUGUCUACUUGUAGGUGUUGAACAAGGUGCCUGGUCUGCCUAUAGGUGGUCACCACAGUCCCUUGACUGCUGAGACUUGUUUUUGUAAUGAAUUUCAUAGUUCAUAUCUGAGAUUUUUAUUGCUGAAUAUAAAACAAACGUUGGGUUAGUUAAUUUAAAUACAAUAAAAAUGCAAUGUAAAUAUAUUUGAUGGCUUCACUCGUGAAUAAAUUAAAAUUCCUGUUUAGGCAUCUAUGAACUACAAUGGCAAUGAUGCAAAACACAGGCUGUAAUAAUCUUCCUUAUAGCAUGCAAGUGUAAGAACUAUCCUGUUAUAGACUUUCAUUAUGUUUUACAAUCAUUUGUACAUGGAAAAUAAUAAUGAAAUAAAUUUUGAGAGAUCAGUUUAGUAUUGAAAAUUCUGUUGCAUGUCAAACCAACACAAGGAUUUGAAGUAUUUAAUUUACUGAAAGUAACAACGUGGACAUGCGCUGCUCCUAUACCUUUUCAUUUUGCUUCAUACUGGCAGGUGGGAGUAUAAUUAGCUAGUACUAGAUUAUUUGCUGCUGUGCUUUUUGUCUUGGGUGACGAAGAUCUUAAUUCAGUUUCGUUUCUCAUAUCUUCUUUCGAUCAUACAUGCUAACACACUCAAUUUUUAUGAGUUGUGCCAUGCUGUCUUCUGUCUAAAACGGGAUCUGACAAAUUUUGAGAAAAUGCAGGCACCAGACAGGUAUUUAUAUGAGCAGUAAAAUACACACAGCCUUACUGAGUGCUUAUAUAGUGGAAGAAAGUGAAAUGAGCUUGUGACUCAAACCAGGUUUCUUGUUUGAGUCAGAAUGCGAAGACACAUAAGAUCUGUGGUAAACCAGCAAACUGGCUUUAAUGUUUGGGUAAUGCAGAGAAUGUGUAUGUGUAGGAGAAGAGAGUAAAAUGAAGAGGUUGUGAGAUUUGAGGAUAAAGGGGGAGCAGAGACGUUGUACUCUGUAACUGAACUAACACAGCCAAGUGUCCAGGGGAAAGAGGCCAAGGAAGAAUAUUAGGCAAAUCAUCCUUACACAGCAUGAUACUGUUUGUGUCGUUGAUCUGUGGUGCUAGGCCAGACCUGAGGGACAAGGUAUAGUCCUAAACGCUGGAGGAGGUGUAAAAGAGGAUUUUUAUAUAUAUAUAUAUAUAUAUAUAUAUAUAUAUAUAUAUAUAUAUAUAUAUAUAUAUAUAUAUAUAUAAUAUAUAUAUGCACUCUGCAAGUAAGCUUAUUACAGUCUGAGUUUUGUAUUGUUGCCAUUGUAAUCCAUAGAUGACUUAACGUUAAUUGUUAUUUAUUCAUGAGUGAAGUCAUCAGAUAUAUUUCAUAUAAUUUUUGUGUUUUAAAGGAAUUAACACAAAGAUUGUUUUAUAAGCAGCAUUAAAAAUCUCAACUAUGAAACUUGUUACAAAAACAAAUCCAUGCAGACUUUCAAUUCAAAUACAGAUAGACACACACACACACUGAUCAGUCACAACAUUAAAGCCACUGACAGGUAAAGUCAAUAACAUGGAUAUAUAUAUAUAUAUAUAAUUUUUUUUUUUAAACAAAGCUUUAUGCCAAAAAUACAAUUACAAUUCCCAAAGAGACACUAUAGUCACCAGACCCACUACAGCUUAUGUCCCGGCAGGCUUUUCAGUACAUUGCUGCCCAGUAACACCGAGUGGAAGUCACUCAGUCAGCCACUACAGGUUCUUCCUGAUAAAGUUCAGCAUAGAAACACAGUGUUUUGCAGCACAUAUGCAAUAUUCUCCCAGUGCUUUCCGAUUUAUCUCGGCCAUGGAGGUGGUGCCAAUCGCGGCAAGACCGGCACUAUGUGGGAAUGAUGCUGAGUAAAAACACUUUUUCCUUGUGGUCGGAGGGGGCCAGUAACCUAAACAAAUAUACACGCACUCGCUUGCAGACAAACAUUCACCAUUUUUAUUUAUUUUUGAAUGUACUUAUAUAUUUUUUAAAUUUACCUCUAACUGGAUCAGAGCAGCCCCAAAAUGGCAAGUCUUAUUGGGUUUUCCAGGUAUACAGUGGUUAGCACCUACCACAAGUGUAGCAAGGAAGGGCCACCGGUGAACCAGUGUCAGAGUCAUGGGUGCACAUUGAUGAUUAGCCCACCUGGUCAGUUUAUAUUUUAUACAGAAGAGCUUUUGUAGCUCAAAUUGCUGAAAAGCUUAAUGCUGACCAUCAUAGAAAGGUAUCAACACACAGUGUAUCACAGUUUGCUGCAUCUGGGGCCCAAUGUUAAAGGACCACUUUAGGCACCCCGACCACUUCAGCUCAGUGAAGUGAUCUGGGUGCCAGGUCCAUUUAGGGUUAACCCUGCCUGCUGUAAACAUAGCAGUUUCAGAGAAACCGUUAUGUUUACAUUAGUGUUAAUCCAGCCUCUAGUGGCUGUCUCAUUGACAGCCGCUAGAGGCGCUUCCGCGCUUCUCACUGUGAUUUUCACAGUGAGAAGACGUCAGCGUCCAUAGGAAAGCAUUGAGAUUGCUUUCCUAUGGACUUACUGAAUGCGUGCGCAGCUCUUGCUGCGCAUUCGGCAGAAGAGGGAGGAGAGUCCCCAGCACUGGAGACAGGUAAGCGUUUAACCCCUUCCUCCCCCUAGAGCCCGGCAGGAGGGGUACCCUGAGGGUGGGGGGGACCUGUUAACACUAUAGCGUUUUCCUGGCACUAUAGUGGUCCUUUAAUCCGAUUGAACAUCGGUGUGAUGUGCUGGACCAACAAAUCCGAUCCAUGCAAGCUCCACAACACAAGUUGCUGGAGUUAAAGGAUCUGCAGCUAAUAUCUUGGUGCCAGAUACCACAGGACAUGUUCAGAAGUCUUGUGGAAUCCAUGCCUCGACACAUCAGAGCUGUUUUGGCAGCACCAGGGGGACCUACAUGAUAAUUUGGUUUUAAUGUUGUGACCUUAAAGGAGCACUAUAGUCACCAGAACCAUUACAGCAUGAUAUAGUGGUUCUUGUGUCUUAGCAUGUCCCUGCAAUGUUGGCAUUGUAAACACUGCCUUUUCGGAGAAAAUUGAUAGCUAGUAACACCUCUAGUGGCAGUCACUCAGAUGGAUACUAAAGGUGCUUCCUAGUCCAGUGCUACUCUUCAUCGAGACGCUGAACUUUUCACAUAGAGAUGCAUUAAUGUACGCAUCUCUAUGUAGAGAUAAUGAUUGGUGCAGUGUGGCAUUUUACUGCGCAUGUGCAGUAUCCUCCCAAUGCUUUCCUAUGAGAAAGCAUUGGAUUGGCUGAGAUCAUCAAGAUUGUUGAUCUCAGCCAUGGAGUUUAAGCCAGCUGCGGUGAGACAGAUGCAACGUGGGAGAAAAGGUUCAUGAAAUCACCUUUAAUCUCCACAGAGAGGGGGCCAGUCACUUAAACAACCACUUCAGCACUAUGGUGUCAGGAAUACGUUUGUAUUCCCAACACUAUAGUGUUCCUUUAACCCCUUAAGGACACAUGACGUGUGACAUGUCAUGAUUCCCUUUUAUUCCAGAAGUUUGGUCCUUAAGGGGUUAAGGUCUGUCUAUUUCCUUCUUGAGUUAUACAAUUGCUUAAAUGGUCCCCAUUCAGAGGAAACCACUGUAUAUAUUUUUACUUCACGUGACGGCUGUAUGGACAUUGCACAUUAUUCAUACUGAAAUGUUAAUAUGAAUUCACUGAUGGUAACUGUGGCACCCCAGAUGCUUAAGUACCUUUCUAAUUUCUAAACAUACAGAGUUACAGAUACCAUAACUGUUUGAAUUUAAUUGUGCGCCUUGUAUCUCUGGUAUAAACAAUGUCAUGGACCUUCGCCAGUGAGUCUUUAUUUGGGCUGCUUAAUGCUGGUGGUUGUAUAUUUGUACACUAAAUUACUGUCACUCCACAUUUGUGAAUAGAUGUUAGCCUUCACAGCCAUAUUAACAUUCUAUAUCCUAGAAACUUACUUUGAUCAUAUUCUUUUGCCCACAGAUCUUAGACUUACAAGAUGCCCACUGGAUGCAUGUGGCACCAUCAUCGAUCAUUCUUGCCUGACAUCCAUGAAGCCUAUAGAAAUUUAUAAACGUCUCACUGACAGCAGGAAGUAACAUGAAGCCUGCACAUGAAAGAAGUCAGGAAUGUCUUCCGCCAAAGAAACGGGAGCUCUUGCAGAACAGUGUGAGUAUGGAAGAGCCACCCCGGGUAGAAACUACAUCAACCAAUGACACCCCCUCUACUGAUGCAUCAGCUUGGCCCAGAGGAGUGCUGGUAGCAGCAGGGCAAGGACAUGGGGUUAGAUACGAAGUGGCUGGUGAGGGGGCAGAGACAGUUACAGUGGAUCAGUACGGGAAUCUUUACAAAUUAGCGGUGCCUUCUGCUGCAUUUUCCCCACCUGGACUCCACCCUGUGGUGAAUAUGGGUUCUAUUCAGCCAUCUUUUAAUGUAGCUUCUCCUUUAAUACAGCACCCAGGCAUUACUUACCCACCUAUUCAUUAUGCCCCAAUUUCCCACACUCCAGUACAGUUUCUUGGAUCACCCUAUGCAGUUCCAUAUGCCGUUUCUCCGAGCUUCCUUCAACGUGCUGUUAUAUCUCCCCCUGUUACAUUGGCUGCCUCUCAUGUACCUCACUAUGUGCCAUAUAACUCCAUCCUCACAGAGGGGGUUACACCACCUCCUCAAGCUCCAUCCCCACAUUCUUUCAACAAAACCACAGCACCGUCUCCCUCAGUGCUCAUGGGUGUUGUGCCUGUUGAUGUUGGAAAAGGUAGAGUCCCUGUAUUUUAUCAACAUUCUUCUCAAUUACCAGCUUAUCCUGUGCAUGAGAUGCUUCUGGCAUGUCCUUCAAACCAGUCCCCAAGUCCUGCCUCUGACCACAACAAAGAGAGAGAGGCAUUAAUCACUUCUACCAAUGGGUCCCAAAGAGCUGCAGACAAUGCCUCUGGAAGGAGAGGCAGCCAGGUUAUUCAUAACACAGAGGAACAGCUUGCAAGAAGAUCAGCCGACCAUUUGGUAAACUGUGAUGUCUACUCAGGACAUUCUACUCAAAGGACAGAAGUGGCUUUACUGACUCACAGGAGCACACCUGACACAGAUUUAGAAGUUCAGCGGGUUGUUGGUGGUUUUGCUUCACAAGACUUUGGUACUACACCUGUUCAGAGAAAGGAAAUGCAGAGUCCGUUAAAUCUGUCUCACAACACCAAUGAGCAAAGGGAGGUGCCAAGAGAUGCUCACACCCAUGGAAAUUUGGCCAGCCCAAUGCCAGAGAGGGAACAGCAUAGGGUAAUGUACUCAAAACAGCAUAUUCUCAAAUACACUGAGAAAUCUGUAGUGAUCGUAAAUGGGGAAGCCACUCCAACUACAGUCUGUUCUGCAUCAAGCCUACAUCCAGGAACUCUCCAGCAUGGAUCUAAAACUCAAGGAGCUAAAUCUCCUGAGUUACCCCUUAGUGACACUCAUUCAGACAGAAGGACCCCACAUACAAAUGUAGCCCCUUCACAGCCAACACAUUCCAAUGCUUUACCCUCACAUUUUAUGAAAGGAGCGAUUAUCCAGCUGGCCACAGGUGAAUUGAAGAGAGUGGAAGACCUACAGACCCAAGACUUUGUGCGUAGUGCAGAGGUCAGUGGUGGUCUUAAAAUUGACUCAAGCACAGUGGUGGACAUCCAGGAAAGUCAGUGGUCAGGAUUUGUGACUCUCCAUUUUGCAGUGGGAGAGCAGCAGAGCAAAGUGUGUCUUGAUGUACCUCCUGAACAUCCUUUCUUUGUGUAUGGACAAGGCUGGUCUUCCUGCAACCCCAGACAGACUGCUCACCUUUUUGCACUUCCCUGUCACCGGCUCCAGGUGGGAGAUGUUUGUAUAUCAAUAAGCUUGCAGAGUGUAAGUAAAAAUGGGGCAUCUUCCUCAAGUUGUACCCCUACAAGUCAGUCUAUAUCUCGCCCUAAUGAGAGAGCAAUGUUACAGUCUAGAGAUAGACCAUCCCUGACAGAAAGAGAGAGUGGAACACAGAGCCCACUUCAGACAGAGGGCUCGACACAGACUUCCCAUGUGCGGACUCUUCCUACAGCCCAAUCAAGCUGGUCAAGUCCAGGAGUCCAAAGAUACAGUGGGCAGAGUCCAGACCCCCGACCUUCGCCUUCUCGGCACUCUUUCAUCCCUCAAGAGGUGAAGCUAUCUAUUGAGGGGAGAUCAAAUGCUGGGAAAUAAACCCCAUCCCUCAGGAGGAAAUUAUUUUGCACAGUUAAGAGUACAGGUAUAAUUAGUAAGACCGUGGAGAGGUCCCUGCUGCUCAAGAGAGGAAUGAAGCGUGGGGCAACUAUCUAUGGCAAAAAAGCAGACUUAAACUCCCAGCGCCUUCAGUAAAAAAAAAAAAAAAAAAAUUUGCAAUAUGUUGUUUUUCCUCUAUUAAUCGUCUAAACGAACUUAACCCUCUUGUGGUGUGGUUUAUUUUUUUGUUCCCAUAAUAUGCCAAUCAGUAUAUUUGUCAUUGCUGGUGGGGGAUGAAGGCAUUGAAACAUGGCUUUUGCAUUUGAAGAUCAGUAGGCUUACAGGUGCGGAGAUGGUUUCACUGAAUCAGCUUAUGACCCUAGCAUAGUUUUAUUUUAUUUUAUCUGAAAGAGUAAUGUGUCCCUUCCUUUUUGCUUUUGUAAAGCUAAAGGUAACAGGCACACCAUAGCUGUCUCGAUACCGAACGCUGUGUUCCUUAUUGAAUAGUGCUGUCUCUGAUGCAGUGGUACACAUCUAAACCAUUCAGUGGGAACUACGCACCAUGUUAACAUUCCUGGUUGACUGCCCUGUUUUGGUGUAACAGGUUUCCUGAUAAUCCCCAAACACACCCACAGUGCAAUAAUACAGAUGUUCAUCUGUGCAUUCUAUCUCUUGUAGCAUGUUGCUCGCCUGCACCUUUUAUGAUGCUGACUAAAAGCUUUACCUGUAGAGACACGUUAUGUUGUAUAAUGUGUAUAUAUAUUGAUCUCAGAUCUCUAAUCAAUUUGGUGUGUAUUUUGUUUUUUUUUUGCCAUCUUUCUACACUGCCAAACCGGCUUUAGAAGGCACUUGCAUACAUUCUGAUUUGAUUAAACUACUUUCCUCUACCCAAUCCAGGACACUACAUUAAACGUCUGCUUUUACUGGUUUCCUGUUAAAACGUGAGCUGAAUGAGUAGGUGAUUAUAUUUGAAGCUCAUCCAUUUUUGCUAGAUUUGCCUAUGGAUUUUUUUUUCCUCCAAAGCUAACUGACCAUUGACAUGGAGAUCCAGGAACUGACGGAGGUUUUAGAUAGAAUUUGGUGUGUGCAACGCUUCCGCCGCGAAGUGUCCUGUAUUUUAAACAAGCACAGGGAAUAAGAUGAGCAGUAAAGAUGUACUGCCAAAAACCAGUGUUAAAGGUAUAGUGUCCAAGGAGAAGGUACAUAUUCCACAGGGAUAGUGCAUUCAGUUUCUCAGAGGCGGGUGGAGCCCAUCACAUUUAAUAUCCAAUGUACAAGUUUUACAUAUUAACUGAUAAUCUAUUAUGCAUCUUAAAGCAGCCUUAGAAUUAGGCAGGUGCUUUUAUUCAAAUAUGCUACCUGAUCUUUAACAGAGCAUUAAUCUAUAUUUUGUUGUGCUUUUUUUGUAACUGUUUUAAAUAAAUCAAUUUGUACUGUAUACCUGCUCAGUCUUUUUGCAUCCACCCAAACAUGUUUUAUAGUUAUACCAAAAUCAUACUAAGUCUGUUUUAAAACAAUGUCCCAAAAGGCCUAUAAAAAAAGUUAAAAAUGUUUUUGUGUGUGUGCCAAGUAAAUGAACAUCAGCAGUCACUGAUUCAUAAUUGGCAAGACAUUAAGCACCAUAACCACUACAGUGAGCUGUUAGUGUUACUCAAAGCACCAUGACUACUUCAUGAGUAUGUAUUUACAGUGUUUGCUGCCAGAGCGUUUGGGAUGGAUAAUUUGAAUUCUGUGCAUAUUGGUGUUAACAUGCAUGCCUGCUAGUCCAAUGUUCCACCGUGCCAUCCUCUCUGCCCAACUUCCCGGAUACAGGGAGAACUUGGCCAUAGAUCAGAGGUAGGUUAUAGCUAUAUUAUUAUUAUUUGAGUAACCCUUACAGCUUACUGUAGUGCAACUGGGGAAAGUCACGUACAACUUUUUUACUUUUACAUGGGGAGAGGAUAAUCUAAAUAGGUAGAGUAAAAGGACACUCUACUGCUCAAAUACAAAAUAAAAAUCACUUGAGUAGAUAUGCCCCAAAUAAAAACUUGCAUGCAUCUAAUUACGCAUUUUUUUUCAUUGGGGGUAUGUCUAAAAGUAGCUGCAAAACUUGCAGCCUCUUUGCCUUCUGUAACCAUAAACCAACAUUAUACUGUUACAGCCUUG